UUAAGCAGGGGUAGUGUGAAUGGCUAUACAACGGCAGCAGCAGCAGCAGUUGGGGGUGGAGGUGAUAGUGGUGGCAUUGGCAUUGGUGGAAGUGGCAGUGAGAGCAGCGGCGGUACACAAUUGAUAGGCGGUGCUACGUCGACGGUACGGGGGAGGCUUUCAAUAGGAACAGCCCAAGGCGCGAUAUUGGGUGUGAAUGAUUUGCCUGGCUCGGGACUUUUAAUUGUAGGUAGUGGUGGUGGGGCUGGAGUUGGCCAGGGAAGUGUUGGAACGGGUGCAGUAACUGGCGGUGUUCCCAAACAGCAGGGCAUCUUUUCGAAUGUUUUCUCGAAAUUGAUCGAUGGUAUGCCCGCCGGUACGAUUUUCUCAAAAUUCAAGAGUGCCAAUACGGCAUCGACAUCUUUGCAAAAUAUCACCGACGCGAAUCCUAUUAGCCAGUACUUUGAGAUUGGUGAGCAGGUGGCAUGUGCGGGCCCCGAACUGGUGUGGCGAAUACAUGACGGCUACCGGAAAAGUGAUAGCAAGGCGUGUUCAAUAUUCGUUUUCGAGAAAAAAAUAGCAGAAAAGCUGCUCAAACCGAGACGCAAGGAAAUUGUAACGGAAUUGCUGAAAAAUUCUGUUAAAGCAAUGGAAAGAUUUCGUCAUCCAAAGAUUCUGCAAGUUUUGCACACAGUGGAAGAGUCGACGGAUACACUGGCUUUUGCCGCUGAGCCUGUUUUCGCCAGUCUCUCUAAUAUUUUAGCUUUUCAUGAAUCAAAAACUUAUGAACACAUUGCCAUGGCAUCGAAUGCAUCAGGCACCGGCGCACAGGGCUAUCAACAGCAAACUACAGCAAUUCCACAACGGCCAGCUCAUGCGAAGGAGUAUCAUUUUUUAGAUAUCGAAUUCAAAUAUGGUUUUCUGCAGCUAGUGGAAGCUUUAUCCUAUUUACACUAUUCGGGCCAUGUUAUUCAUCGGAAUGUGUGCCCAUCAUCAAUAUUAGUUACCAAACGAGGUACUUGGAAGCUGGCUGGCUUAGAAUUUAUUGAAAGAAUGAAUGCGACUGAUGUAAAUGAGUUAGUUCCUUGUCCACCUUGGAGUAACAGGGUAUCGAAAAUGGCUCAACCCAACUUGGAUUUUAUGGCUCCCGAAACUCAAUUAACUUCGAAGGGCAGCCUACUUAGUGAUAUGUUUUCAUUGGGUUUGGUAAUAUGUGCCGUCUUCAACAAUGGACGUCCGCUUAUACAAGCUGGCAAUAUAGUUUCAAAUUAUAUGAAGCAGUUGGAAACGAAUCUGUAUGUUCGCCAAACAUUUCGUGCGUAUCCACUUUAUGGUGUUGUGACCAUCCAGCAGAGUCCACAAUUCGCAAUUUAUCCAUAA